AUGUCCUGCCUCGCUAGAGCGGCCGCCCGGUCCGGGGGGAGCGGAUCUGCCCGAGUGUCCGGCGGAGGAAGCAGCUUCAGCAGCGGGAGCCGGUGCGGCAUGGGCGGAGGCUCGGCCUUCGGAUCCGGAGGAGCCGGCAGCUGCAGGAUGGGAGGGGGAGCCGGUGGCGGGUUUGGAGGGAGCUUCGGCGGCGGAUGCGGGGGCUCGGUGGUAGGAGGAGGCUACGGAGGUGGCUUCGGGUCCGGCCUCGGCGGAGGCGCCGGGGCAGGAUUCGGCGGAGGUCAGGGCGGCGGAGCCGGCGGAGGAUUUUAUACGUACGGCGGCGGGGUCGGUGGCGGUGCCGGUGGGGGCGCCGGUGGCGGUGCCGGAUUCGGUGGCGGUGCUGGGGAUGGCGGCCUCUUCUCUGGAGGCGAGAAGCAAACCAUGCAGAACCUCAACGACCGCCUGGCCAACUACCUGGACAAGGUGCGCGCUCUGGAGGAGGCCAAUACCGACCUGGAGCUCAAAAUCAAAGAGUGGUACGAGAAAUUCGGCCCCGGCUCUACGGCGCCGGGAUCCGGCCCUGACUACAGCAGGUUUUACCCCAUCAUCGACGAUCUGCGGACUAAGAUCAUCGCGGCAACUAUUGAGAACGCCAAGAUCAUCUCCCCGAUCGACAACGCCAGGCUGGCCGCUGAGGACUUCAAGCUGAAGUACGAGAACGAGAUGUAUCUUCGCCACUCGGUGGAGGCCGACAUCAACGGCCUGCAUAAGGUUCUUGAUGAUCUGAAUAUGGGCACAGCUGACCUGCAGAUGCAGUUCGAAGGCCUGACCGAAGAGCUGGACUUCCUCAAGAAGAACCACGAAGAGGAAAUGACCGGCGUGCAGGGAAGCUCCGGCGGGGACGUGACCGUGGAGAUGAACGCCGCUCCGGGAAUCGACCUGACCAAGCUGCUCAACGACAUGCGUGCCCAAUACGAGGCUCUGGCUGAGCAGAAUCGCAAAGAGGCCGAAGACCAGUUCAAUAAGCAGAGCGCUUCGCUGCACGCCCAGAUCUCCACGGACGUCGGGGCGACCAGCUCGGCCAAGAGCGAGAUAACGGAACUGAAACGCACCGUCCAGGCCCUGCAGACCGAGCUCCAGUCCCUCAUGUCCAUGCAAAGCUCCCUGGAGAGCACCUUGGCGGAGACGGAAUCCGGCUACGUCAUGCAGCUCUCCCAGAUUCAGCACCAGAUCACCGGCCUGGAGGAGCAGAUCUGCCAGAUCCGGGGCGAGACCGAAUGCCAGAACUCUGAGUACGAACAGCUCCUGAACAUCAAGACCCGCCUGGAGAUGGAGAUCGAGACCUACCACCGCCUUCUCGACGGAGAGGCAGGGGGCGCCAGCUCCGGGGCAGCGGUUUCCAGCUCCGCGGGAGCGGCAUCCAGCUCGGCGGGAGCAGCUUCUAGGAGCACCGCGUCCAGGGCUGCGGUAUCUUUCGAUGGAGCAAGCGGCGCCUCCCUUGCCCGAGAUCCCAACAAAACCAGAGUGACCAGGACCAUAGUGGAGGACCUGGUGGACGGUAAAGUCGUCUCAUCCCAAGUCAGCAAUGUCUCCGAAGUGCGUGUGAAAUAA